GAGGUUGCUAGGUUACCUCUAUGGCGGGGAGGCCUACCCGGCCUGAGGCCGCCUUUGCCGUUUCAUACACCUGCAGCCGGGGCAGGAGAAAGAUCGGAGUGGGUGCUGCUCAGCCCUCUCAACCGAGACGCGAAAGAACCUUCCUGCGACGCGAGGAUUACAAGUUGAAUAUGUAAGAUUAAUUUCCUCAGAUCAAGAAAUAUGUCUGAUGAAGAUAUUAUCAGUACUUUAGCCUACACAAAGAGCCCAAAAUUCUCCAAAAGAACCACUUUUCAGGAAGAGCUACAAGAAGCCCUUCUUGCUCGUGCAGUAAAGCAGCAGACUGAAGAAUAUUCAGAAGACUUUGAAAGUGAUGAAGACACAGAAGAGGAAUUUCCUGAAUCUGUGGAAAACACCCCUCCUAAAUCAGCGGUCUUUACAGUAUCCACAUCCAAGUUUAAUAUUUGCAACAGGAACACUUUAAAAAGUGAAAGUGCAGAUGACUUGUCUUCAUCAGAGGAUGAUGAGGGAUCUCAGUACGCGUCCAUUAUGGAGAGAGAGGUUUUGAGUGAAGAGAGGCAAGCUUUCCCCUUUUCACUAACUGAACAUUCUGGAUCAUGUGAAAGGAGUGCAGAAAAACAAUCCAUUCCAUUUGAAAUAUCUUUGUCAGAUCACUAUUCUUUUGAAAAACAAACUGCUGAUAACUUGGCUUUCACAACGUAUGAAGAAAUACCUCCAGAAACAACCAUGUCAGAAAAUAAACAUCUGAUCAAAGACAUCCAAGAUGAUACAGUUAUUGAAGAAAGGUCUGAUUGUGAAAAAGAGUGCAAUCAUAUAGAGGAGACAACUAGGAUUGAGUUGUCGUUAGAGAAAAAGGAUAUGAUUCAGUGUAAUGUGGAAAGCAAGCCAGUGCCAAAGCCAAGGGAGUUCAAGACUAAGGCUGCAUCAGCAUCAGCUGAAAAUAUAAGUAUCCCUGCAUUAUAUGAUUUUUCGAAGCCAUCUCCUCAACCUAGAAGUAUUUUGAGAAAAAGUAGCCAUGUGGAAGACUAUGAAGGAACCAAAGCAGAGGAUAGAAUACCUUAUCACCAUCGACUGUUUUCAUUAUCUGCACCAUCUUCUGAAACAAGGUUAAAUGAUCAACUGAUGAAAUCUGAAAAAAGAGCACUUUCUGAAAGUCCUGGCGCUGAGGGCCCCUUGAUUGCAAACUCCUCAUCCUCAUUCCCUAUCCAUUUUUCAUCAGCAAAUGAGAAAACUGGAGAUUCUAAUUUGGCAAUAUCUGGAGAUGAAUCCUCUUCAAAAGAUGAUGAACAUAAAGGAGUUGACAAUUGCCAUGAUCUCAGAUUGCUGGAGAACGACAGAAAAUCUCCUUCAGUCAUAGAACUAAUGAUGACCACAGUUUAUGAGAAUUCUAAGAAGCAAUACAAGUCAAAUGAAGACUAUCCAGAACGAAAGGUGCAGAUGUUAAAACCCAGUGUCAUUGAAGAUGAAUCUGUUGAGACACCAAAAGAUGAUAAAUCAGAACAGAAAGUAGUAUUAAGUACUUCAAAAUCCAUAAUGGAUAAUUCAAAGGAUUCUGCAAAGGAAGAAUAUGAAGAAGUAGAGGCAGCUCCACAAAAAGCUAAAACCAGAUCUUUAAGCGCUACAUAUUUGAAGAAAACAGGAAAAUACUCUCCCGCCCCAGCAAGUACAUCUGCUCAAUAUUUAGGGACAUUAAAAGUCUUGGACAACAAGCAUCUACAAAAAUACAGUGCUGAGCUAGAUAAAGCUGAUAGUUUACGAGCAGCUGUUUACCAGGACUGGUUGGAAAAGAAGAGAAUCUUCCUCUUGGAAUUACAAAGAAUAAAAAGAAACAAAGCUGAGAACUUGCGGGAGAAAAAUGAAAAG